AUGGAGACAGAAGAAGCGAAGCACUCCACGUACGAGUUAGAUGUUGGUAAUUUAAUGGUGAGUAACACUGCGGAUGUCGACGCUGAGGAGUAUUCAAAGGACAAAUGGGCGUGUUUUAGUUCGAUGUCACAGAAGGCAGCCAAUGCCUUGAUUCAGAACAUUCGUUCUCGUGAAGACAUCCACGACGGCAGUGAUCCUUUUAUGGCAAAAGUAGUUUCUCUAGAUACUCCCGAGAUGUUAUUCCCACGCGAGAAGAAAGUCCCAGUCCCCAAGCCUCCCACAAAAUGGGAGUUAUUUGCCAAGCGCAAAGGUAUAGUCAAGCCCAAAAGAAGUCAGAAAGUGUGGAAUCAAGAGACUCAUUCCUAUGUCCCACGAUUUGGAAAAGGUUCUACAAAGCAAAUGAAAAAGGAAAAUGAAGGCUGGAUCGUCGAAGAUAAAGCUGGUUUAUCAGACAAUCCUUUCGAAGGUGUCAAUGAGAAGAAAUUGAAGCAAGUGACCAAGCCCCGUAAAGGUCAAAAGCUUUCCAAAAUGUUAUCCAAAGUACAAAUGACCCCCGGCUCCAUCGGUCGGGAUGGCUAUAUGAAAAGGAAAGAUGCCGAUCUUUUACUCAAAAUCGCUCAAAGGUCUUCCGCCUCCUUAGGAAACUUCUCCAAGAACUUAAAGGGUGAGAAGAUUCGCCCACGCAAGAGAAAGCUUAAAGAGUCCGACUUCACUGAAGGAAGUGACAAGUUAAGAAAUGCCAGAGUCCUCGAGAGAAUGACGAAGAAGCACAAAAAGUAA